CGAUCACUCAGUUUCCUGUGUCCAUCACCCUCGAAUUUAGCCGUUCCUCUACGGAGCGAUCGAGGCUCGCGUUCAGUUGGCUUUACCGACUCGAAGCUAGGUAGCCUGAGUCAGUGGUCAAUAUUCAGGCACUAUGCUUGUUCUUCCAGGAAGCUCAGCACUUUCUCAGUCGAAGCGCGAUGUCCUUUUGAAAAACAUCCAGAGUGCUUUGCCUCCGAUCGCCUCAGUCGAUGCUGUCUAUAUUCAUCUGAUCGCCUCUCGCUCCACCGUGGCCGAAGAGGAGCUGUCCAAACCCGGAUCUUCAGUCCGGCAAAUACUGGAAAGGCUCCUGGACUACGGAGACAAUGUCCAGUUCUCGACAACCGAGCAUGCGCUGCGGUCCGGCGAAAAUGUUGCGUACGUGAUUCCUCGCCCGGGCUCCGUUUCUCCCUGGUCCAGCAAGGCGACCGACAUUGCCCUCAUCUGCAAACUUGGGGAUUACGUCGAGCGUCUGGAACGUGGUCUCGCGUUUGUCUUCACAACGAGUGAUGGAUCCAGCCUCACGCCCGUAGUGCUGAAGACGAUCUCUCCCCUCCUCCACGAUCGUAUGACUCAGGUCGUUCAGCUCUCCCUUCCUGAUCAGGAGGCCAUCUUCUCCCACAAGAGUGCUAGCCGUCUGCGCACAAUAGACCUCGUCUCAGAGUCCGCUCGCGAUGUCGCACGCGAGAAGCUGGUGUCCGCAAACAAAGAGCUUGGUCUGGCCCUCUCCGACGACGAGAUUGACUACCUCGUAGAUGCCUACGUCACCGGCGCGUCUCCAAUCAACCGCAACCCCACCGACGCGGAGCUUUUCAUGUUCGCUCAAGUGAACUCGGAGCACUGCCGGCACAAGAUCUUCAACGCGUCGUGGAAUAUCAAUGGCCAGGCCCAGGACACGUCCCUCUUCCAGAUGAUCCGGAACACGGAGAAACUCAAUGGUACUGGCACUAUCUCCGCAUACUCGGACAAUGCCGCUGUCUUCGAGGGCCACAACGCACCCCGCUUCGCUGUCUUGCCUAAUGCGACAAGUAAGGCUAACCCGGACGUCAAGAAUCUCUACCACGGCGAAGAGGAAGACAUGCCCAUUCUGAUCAAAGUAGAAACUCACAACCACCCCACCGCUGUGUCGCCCUACCCUGGUGCAGCUACUGGUUCUGGUGGCGAGAUCCGCGACGAAGGUGCUGUCGGACGCGGGUCGAAGCCCAAGGCCGGUCUCGCGGGCUUCACCGUCUCUAACCUCCUCAUCCCUGGGUACGAACAGCCAUGGGAAUCGGACUUCGGCCGUCCUGGGCACAUCGCAUCCGCGCUCGACAUCAUGAUCGAGGGGCCCCUCGGAGCGAGCGCGUUCAACAACGAGUUCGGACGCCCGGCGCUCGCAGGCUACUUCCGCACCUUCUCGGAGACCGUCUCCCUCCCUGAGGGCACCCAGGAGGUUAGAGGGUACCACAAGCCUAUCAUGAUCGCUGGUGGCCUCGGAAACGUGCGUCCUGCGUUCGCGCGCAAGUCUAAGAUUUCUCCUGGGGCAAAAAUCAUCGUCCUUGGCGGGCCGGGCCUACUUAUCGGUCUCGGGGGAGGCGCAGCGAGCAGUCAAGUUUCGGGUGCUGGGUCUGCGGACCUCGACUUCGCGAGCGUGCAGCGCGACAAUGCGGAGAUGCAGCGUCGCUGCCAGCAGGUCAUCGAUGCCUGCGUUGCUCUCGGGGAUGCCAACCCCAUCCAAUCGAUUCACGACGUCGGCGCUGGCGGUCUGUCGAACGCGCUCCCAGAGCUCGUCCACGACUCAGACUUGGGGGCGACCUUCGAGAUCCGCGACGUCCUCGUCGCCGACUCGAGCAUGUCGCCGAUGGAGAUCUGGUGUAACGAGAGCCAGGAGCGGUACGUCCUCGCCAUCUCCCCGGAGCAGGAGGCGCAGUUCAGGACUCUCGCGGAGCGCGAGCGGUGUCCGUUCUCCGUCGUCGGCAUCGCGAACGACUCGGACGAGCUCGUCGUGACGGACAGGCUGCUGCAGCAAGAUGUCAUCCGCCUCAAGAUGUCGACGCUGUUCGGGAAGCCUCCUCGCAUGCACCGUACGGACACGCACGUCGCCCCUCCCGCUGUCCCCUUCAAGACUGACCUCGCCGAGUACCUUCCCAAUACCCAGGCCCCAGAGAGGAUCGCGGAGGCGGUGAGCCGCGUACUCCGUCUCCCCUCCGUCGGCUCCAAGUCCUUCCUGAUCACCAUCGGAGACCGGUCCAUCACCGGUCUCGUAACGCGGGACCAGAUGGUCGGCCCCUGGCAAGUGCCCGUCGCCGACGUCGCGGUCACGCGCUCCUCUUAUGGCUUCGACGUCCGCACGGGCGAGGCGAUGGCGAUGGGCGAGCGCACGCCCGUGGCGAUCCUCAGCGCUGCAGCGUCCGCGCGCAUGGCCGUAGCCGAGUCGCUCACGAACCUCGCCGCGGCGCACGUCGGCGAGCUCGGGCGCGUGAAGCUCAGCGCGAACUGGAUGUGCGCCGCGUCCAAGGUCGGCGAGGGCGCGGCGCUGUACGACGCCGUCAAGGCGGUGGGCCUGGAGCUGUGUCCCGCGCUUGGAGUAGGGAUCCCGGUUGGGAAGGACUCGAUGUCGAUGUCGAUGAAGUGGCAGGACGCGAAGACGCAGGAGAGGCGGGAGGUCUCGGCGCCGCUCUCGCUCAUCGUUACGGCGUUCGCGGCGGUGGAGGAUGUUGGGAAGACGUGGACGCCACAGCUGCGAACGGACGUCGGGGAGACGACUUUGCUGUUCUUCGACCUCGCGAGGGGCAGGCAGCGGCUUGGAGGCUCGGCGAUCGCGCAGGUGUUCAAGCAGGUUGGUUCGGAGGCGCCAGACGUCGUCGACCCGCAGGAUGUCAAGACGUUCUUUGAGGCGAGCCAGGUCAUGCGAACCGCCCAUACAGGGCUCAUCCUUGCCUAUCACGACCGGUCGGAUGGUGGUCUCUUCACAACACUGGUCGAGAUGGCGUUCGCGGGCAGAACUGGCCUUCAGAUCAACCUGGAAUCCAUCUCCUCCAAGACCGACCACGUCUCUGCAUUGUUCAACGAAGAGCUCGGUGCAGUAGUCCAGGUUCGUGAGAGCGACAUUCAGCAUGUCGUCGAUUUCUUCACAAAACGGGGAUUCCCAAGCGAUUCCAUCCAUCAACUUGGUUCUGUCACUGCCGACGAGACCAUCAGGUUCAGCUCCGCCUCAGGUGAAGUGUUCACCAGCACCCGCGCUGCCUUGCAGGAGGCGUGGGCCGAAACAUCCUACCGGAUGCAAUCUUUGCGCGAUCACCCUCAAUCUGCCAAGGAAGAGUUCGACCUCAUCAAGUCGUCAAACCAUAGAGGGUUGUUCUACGACCUCACAUUCACGUACUCUCCUUCACGUUCACUGUUCCGCCGUCCGAAGGUCGCCGUUCUCCGCGAACAAGGCGUGAACGGCCAGGUCGAGAUGGCCUGGGCGUUCACCGCCGCCGGCUUCGACGCAGUCGACGUACACAUGUCCGACAUCCUAUCCGGCGCCGUCUCCCUCUCAACGUUCCGCGGGUUCGCCGCCUGUGGUGGCUUCUCCUACGGCGACGUUCUGGGUGCCGGCAAGGGCUGGGCAAACUCGGUCCUCCUCAACACAACAGCACGGAGCGAAUUCGAGGCCUUCUUCACCCGCGAAGACACGUUCGCCCUCGGAGUCUGCAACGGCUGCCAGUUCAUGUCCAACCUCCGCGAGAUCAUCCCCGGCACGGAACACUGGCCCGACUUCAAGCCAAACAGGAGCGAGCGCUUCGAGGCACGCGUGUCCGUCGUUGAGGUCGUCCCGGGCGACGCCACCAGCCGCUCCGUCUUCCUGCGCGAGAUGGCAGGCUCGAAGCUCCCCGUCGCAGUCGCACACGGCGAGGGCCGCGCGGCCUUCUCCAGUCCCGGACAACAGGCGCAGCUCGAGGCGCAGAGCCUCGUCGGGCUGCGCUACGUCGACUCAUCUGGGGCGCCCACGGAGGCGUACCCGCUGAACCCGAACGGGUCCCCUGGCGGUGUUACGGGCGUGCAGACCCCCGACGGGCGCGUGCUCGCGCUCAUGCCGCACCCCGAGCGCGUCGUCGCCCUUGAGAGUAACAGCUGGUACCCGCCUGAGUUCGCGGAGACUUGGCGAGGUACCGGGCCCUGGUUCAAGCUGUUCCAGAGCGCGCGGAAAUGGUGUGGGGCGUGAGUUUCAGGAGGGGCUGAUCGCGGGGCGAUGGUCGCUCUCAGACCGACUGCGCUUCCUGGCAGUCGUGGGGCAACAUCGGACUGCGAAUAUACGGCAUAACGGGGUGGUUGCGGUGGAGUCAUGGUUAUGUAGUCCACGAUACGACCAAAGUGAGAAGUACUACAAAUAGCGAUGUAUCUUUACACACAAGCAUGGGAAACAGACAGAGAUAAAGGCAGACCUCCUAGAUAGGCGUGUAUCCACGCGAACACUGAUCCAUCCCACCUACAAUAUUGAGCCCGCCUUGAAUAUACCGGCGGAAGCCAAGAAUAGCCGUAUUUCGUCCGGGACCCGGCUUGGGAUUCCAGCCCAGUUCAAUUCUUCCCCGCGGUCGACCACGAUCGAGAGGACAAUAUACAUGCAGGAGACGAGACUGGCUGCAGGACCGCAGCUGCGGGUGGCCAUCGAGUGCUCCAAAGCUUGAGAGAGGCGACCACACACCCGAACCCAGUGCAACACCGAGAAGCAGAGGUGCUUGAAACAACGUCCAAUUGCGUGCUAGAAGGCGUAAAGACAACAGCAUGUCGCUACAAGAAAAAAUAAGGCACACGGCACCGAAUGGGAGACCCAAAAGGAAAAGGCAAAUAAUAUACGAUCAAGAGGAAGCCGUGACUAGGGGGAGUUAUGUAUAAACGACCUAUGAACAUCACCCAUGCUGUUGCGCAAGAAGGCGGGUUGUGAGGCAGGUGAAUGGCGAAGGUGAAGGUCCCUGUCGAGCUCGGGGCCCGCGCGGACGAGCUCGAACGGGCAUCUAGGGCUGAACAGUAAUAAAGCAAAAAUAUCCUUGUACUGCGUACUUCUUGUUGGGACCGGGAGCGCGAGAGCUGGUACAGAUUACAUGCACACUACCUGGGGUGCGAGCCGUGAUGAAUGUCAGAUCAAGAUGCGGAUGCGAGGAGGAUGCGAGUUUGCGUGAGGACGACGAGGGAUGCAGACGAGCAGGCAGCAGCAACAGCUAGAUUUUCCAUGUACCGCCUGACGACGGUUGGUAUAUUCUGAGUAUCGUAGAUGAGAGAGUGUAGUGCGCCUGCAGCAGGGAGGUAGGGGGAGCAGCCGUUGCCGUUGAGGCGCAAGUGAGCAGCGGAGCAGGUGGAGAACAGAGGGACAUAGGGUCAAAAUAGGAGUGGAGGCCAACGUAUCGUGGUCCAAGUCAUGAUCAUCCCAUCCCGUAUACGUCCUCCCCACGCAGCCACGGAGGCGUCGCGCCAACAUCUAUCACCGUGCAUAUCCUUCCUGCAUCUCCAGUGGGGGCUGCUGGUAAUACUGCUGUUGAGAGUAUGAUUGCUGCUGCUGUGGAGAAUACGGCUGUGAGGGGUACUGGUUCUGAGGGUAGCUCGGGGUGCCCGGAAGCUUCUCGGUGUACCCCUCAGCAGGCGGGCCGCCUGCGUCAGCCGCUGCGGUGGCAGCCCUAGCAUCGCCAAUGCCCGCACGAGUACCCCAACCAGUCUCGUGAAGCGUGAGUAGUGCGUAAAUCUUCAUGACCGAGAAGUAGUAGCCGAACAGGAUGAACGCGGGGACGUGGAUCACAUCUUGUGGCCGGUGCCAUAGAUGGGGGAGCAGCUUUGCCGUCCGCGUCGCAAGAAGCCAAACGAAAUAACUGACAAUGACGUUCCACCAGGGUAAGUGGUAGCCACCCUUAUCGAGGGGGAUGGUGCUCUUGUAGACGACAUAGCCGACGAAGAAGGGACCGGCGAGAAGCGUGAAGGGGUUAAACAGCUUGUCCACCAUGGUGUAUGCGACAUACGGAUGCGACGUCCAGAUAUGGCGCUCCAUGAACAGCGAUCGCAGGUCCGAGCGCCAGGUGUUACGUGUCCACCGGAGGACCUGCUUUAAGAAUCGCCAGUUGGGCUUCAUCGUUGAGAGCAGCUCCGCUUCCUUGCAGCACUGGACAUAGGUGCUCCAGCCGUGGCUGACCAUCCACCGGGUGAGGAACUUGUCGUCGCCCGAGUUGAGCUGGUACUUUCCGAGCCAAUAGUCGUGCGUGAAGCCGUGCAAGAACUCGGGGUCCUUCAAGAUGACGGUGCGGUAAGCGGCGGUACGACCUGAAAGACAGGGAAGACCGCCGUCGAUGUGGGUUGAGGACGCGAUCUCGAUAUUUCGAAUGGAGAGACGGAAGGCGGCAAGGACCUCCCAGACGGUCAUGCGGUCGCCAACAGGCUGCACGCGCUGCGACGUGCCGACCCCACCAACUUUCUGGUCCUCGAAGCAAGCGAGGGUGUAAGGCAGUAAAGUGGGGGGCCAGAUGGCGUCAUCGUCGGCGAACACGAUGAUGUCGGUCGUCGUGUUUUUGAUGCCGUGAGACAUCUGCAGUCGCUUGUUGGCGAAGGGGACAGUCAGGACACGGAUGCGCUCUGGGUCGACGGCAUUGGCGAGCUCCUGGAGGGGCCCAAGCAUUUUCUCCUCGGUGAUGAUGAGGAUCUCCUUGGGCUUACCGACCAGCCAACUGUGGGCGGCUUCCUUGAAUUCCUCACCAGCAUCGAUGGUGGGUACAAUGAUGGUGACAUCCUCUUCGGCGAUGUAGGUAGGGUUCUCGGGGAGUGGGACGGGACGGUAUGUGAGGGAGGCGGCUAUACGAAUUAGGUACCACAAGUAACGGUAAAAGCCAAUGACCCCAAACGGUACAAAGACUGGGAAGUGGUCCGAGGUCAACCGGAGCAUGGUUCGACCACCCUCAGCAAGGAGAAGACAAAACGGCGAGAAAUUAAAGGAGCGGGCUGGUUGGUAUAAACGGCGGAGACGAUGCUGGGGGCGGUCGCAGCGCGGCGACGAGGAUGGCGUUGAGUCUUGACGAAAGCCUUGAGCGUCCCGUUGCGACCGCCUCCCAGCCUCAGCCGCCGGGCGGAGCUUAAAUUGGCUCCGCCUUCGCCGUCACCGCCAGCACGCCCGAACAAGCUCCAUCCCUCGGCGCCGGGCGCUCCGAGCCCCCUCUCCUCACCCAGCACGGCCCCGUUCACCGGUAUCACUCCCAGCGCGGCCUAGUGUGCCUCGUUCUAUUGCGGGCUGUGUGCGUCCUAAGGUUACACGCAACUCCGACCUAACGCGGCGAUCCCGGCC